AAUUGUGACCAAAUGCAGUUUAGUGUAAUUUUAAUUUCGCACUAUGUACCUGGAGUUAAUUAUUGUUAUAUCGAUGUUUUUGAGAUGAUGGAGUAUAUGUGUUAUAAUUUGAAUUAAAGGGUGAUUCAUUUAUGGAAUGAGUUGUCAUCAGCAGUAGUGGAGGUUGUUACUUUCAACAGCUUCAAAGGGGAAUCAAUAAUUUAUUGCAAAAUAAAGUUAACGUUGGACUGAACACAAAAACUAGAUAUUCGGACAUGGUGAGCCUUGCUAAUCGUCUGUCAGCCGAAAUUGAGAUAGGAACCAACUCAAUAGUGUGACAAGAAAAGGAUCUUGACAUUGAUAGAUAAGUCACUGAAGUCAUCGAAGCAGUGCAGUGCUCUGUUGCUGUCAGCACCAGUAUUUGAGAGUGAUGAAACCCCUAUUCUGGCUACAUCUCGUGAAGCACCUGAACAAAUUCCAAAUCAAGUCUUUGCAUUGCUUGUCAUUAGUGGACAACUCUUAAGUGUAGAUGUGAUUUACCUGACAACUUGAAAAUUAAGUGUGGAUAAUUAUCUCAAUUAUGAUUGGAAUGGUUGCUGUAUCAUUUAUUCUACCAUAUAUAUAUCCAUCUGAAGAGGCAUGGAAAAUCAAGCCUUACUUCUUAUUAGUUUACUGCCAUGUGGUACUUUGGGUCUUGUUCUUUUUGGGAGACCUGUAUUUACGAUACUAUCACCAUGUGCUGUAUUGUUAUGGCCACAUUAAGUUCUACCAAACCACCAAGUUGUUGAGGAGAAUGUUGUUUUACAUAUUUUCAGCAGGAAAUGUUGUUCUUUUGGUGAUUGUGACAGUAGUUCAGGAAAGAUGUUUUAACAGAUUAGAUUGCAAAACAUUGCCUUCCCUCAAACCUGUACAAUACAUUUGGAUUCUGGUGUGCAUUGAAGGCUUGGCAGCAGUUUUUUUUCUGGUGCAAUAUCUAGUGAUUACCAUAAGAUUUCAAAGAAAUGUCAAACUUCCUGACGUACAACAAGAAGAUAAUCUCAACAGCUAUAUGCAGUUUCAAGGAAGUUCAGGAGAAGUGGGAUACUUGGAUCAAGAUUCUAAAGCCGAACUUCUAGAAAAUCAGGCUGACCUGAUAUCCUAUCUUCAGCAGCACAAUGCACAUCUUAGCAGGCAGCUUCUCAAGCUCAAGGCAAGGUUAGACUCUCAGAAUUGUGGCUAAAUAAAAAACAAACUUGCAUAAACAAGCUCUUGAUGGCAAAAGUAGCAUAGUGAGGCCCAGUAUUUUUAAAGAUGAACUUAUACAUAUCUUUCCCAGUCUGUGUUUGGCACAAUGGAAAUUAAUUACCAACCAUUAGGGAAGAAUAUGCUUAAAGGGAGAAAAAAAACUACAUUAUUGAAUUUUGUUUUUCAUCUUCAACUGCAUAAUUCUAAAUUCAUGAACAAAUAUUUCAAUUUAUUAAGCCCAAAAAAAUUAAUAUAUGGAUUGUAUAAGUUAAAGUUAGGGCUUUCAACUUUGAAUCAAAUGCAAUUAUUUAUAAUUUCACUCUGUAUUUACAAAUGUAAAACCAAUAAGAUAAUUUUCAGUGAAGGUUGUAAAAGAACAAUUUCACUAUAGUUAAAUUAUUUUAAGUAGGAUAUUCAAAAAUAGAUUAAUCUCAAUGCCAAUAGAUUCUUUAUUUAUAAUACCUUCUAUCCAAAUUUAUGGUUUGAAUACUUUAUGAAUGAUUUUUCAUGCUCAUUUUCUAAAUGAUAUAUACUUUAAGUAGUAGACUGCAUGCAAAUAGCAUUAUUAAAGAAAAAAAAAUAACUUUUUGUCAUCAUGAUAAAGUGCUGUGGCUUGAGAUUAUUUAUUAAAGUAUAUCAGCUUACAGUGAGAAUAUAUAUUUUAAAUAAACUUUUCUUUGUAAGUUUGCACUUCAAAAGUACAGCAAAGAAAAACAAUUUUCUUGUUUUUUGGUCCUAAAGUCUAUUGAAACUGUUCUUUUAUACAAAGUAAAUUGUUUUUAAGCACAAAACUUUUCAUUGAUGGUAUAUUAUCAAUAUACAUCGCAAUGUUGAACUUAUAAUUUCUCUUAGUGUAAUGUGUUAUCAUUGUAGUAUGUGAUAUGUACUCUUUGUAAUUUCUAAAGAAGAAUCAAAAAUUGAAUUCUAUAUAGUAAAAACUGAUUUAUUUGUGUUUAUUAUUUUUGUUGUAUCAAAAUGUUUAUAAUGCAGACUUGUCUGAACUCCUACACCCAAAAAUGACCGGUGAACUGGCUGAAAGCUUGUGUUGGUUUUUUUAAUGUAUUGUUUAUGAUGCAAUGUGGUAACAUACUUCCUCUGUCUCUUCAAUUGUUUCAUUGGAUGUAUUAUUUUAUGUAUAGAACAUGUGGUAGAAUCUAACGUAUUCUUCCUAAGCUCAUUAUUGUGUGCACAAUUAGUGGUAUUUAUCAACGUAUUUUCUUUAGAUGAUUAUACUUUGUUUUCAGGGUUACACAACUGCUACUGCUUACAAAACAAAAAGAGACAUUUUAACUGAUAACUUCUGAUAUGAUAUCUUACCUCCACUCACAAAAUAGCUUUUCUCAAUUAGUACUGACCUCUAUCAGCACAAAAUUUCAAUUCUCGCCACUAGCCUCACACUUCUCGUUUCUGCAUAUCCACAUGUAAAUGAUUAUGCAGCAGCUCUCCACCAAUAGGCACGUGACACAACCCCUAUCAUAACCAGCACCCUCUCCACACUUUUACUCUUUAAUCACUUCUUGAUUGGCAGUAGUACUGUACAGAUGUGCUUGUUUUUGCUCACUAAUUUGUUAGCUUUUUCCUUUAUAUUACAGACAUACUUUAUUCUUUAAUUUUCCGCAUUUUUGAAUUGUGAAAGGUGGCUUUUUCCAACUUUUUUUGCUUUUGAAUAUUUGUUUUUUUGUCCUUAAGUUUGGAAUUGUCACUAUACAUUCAUAGUUUCAAUUAGUUGCAACUACCACAGUUGUUACUGCUGCUGCAGAUUUACCUACUGCUACUAUCGACUUGAGUACUCAAUUAUUGGCUGAGAAUGUGACUGCAGUUAUUCUGCGAGAAAUGUCCAUGUUUAUACAACCUUCACCACCACACAAGGAAUAUCCUGUCAUGCCUGCUCCUGGGGUGUCUGACAGGGAAUUAACUUCGGUCAGGGAAUAGUAUGUCUCGUCCAGGUUGUACUUCUGAAGAUAAUGCUUAUGUAUUUUAUAGAUGUUCCUUCCCUCAACUGGAUUCUCAACAUGUGGAAUUUCUCAUUGCAUUGUGGGGUUUGAACCCUCAUACAUCUGAAUUUCUAACAUCCUCAAUUUUUCUGUAUCAGACUGAUGUUGUCAACAAUCAUGUGCAUUAUCAACUAUGUACUUGCUGGCUCAGGUAAUUAAUUCACUUGUCUCCUGAAGGGUUUUCAGAUGAUAUUUGCAGUAUUAUGUUUACUACAAUGGCACACCUUUCAUCUUCUCCCCAGGCCCUUCAGACUUAGUUAAUAUGCUGGUGGGAUCUUCUGGGUCAGGAUGCCAUUCUUUCUCAGAUACAUAUACCCGAUACUUCCCUGUGCAACUUGCAUGUGGCACCAUUUUUGUUUUUAUGUGAAGAGGUGUUUGAUGGUUUUAUUGAAACACUGGAGGCCUCAGUUAAAUCCCCUCAUCUGCAUAAUUCAUUAUCCUCAUUAACUUCCCAUUUAUCCCAACUUCCUCCUACUAUCUCUGUCUCACACCCAUUCCAACAAUAAAGUUAAGUCUGGAGAGAUUAAAAGGAUAACUACCAGAUGUGGGUGUAGUUUUGCAGGAGCAAUUUCCAGCCAAGUGUUAACAUUUGUGAUUGUAUCGUAUUCUACUGCUGUAUUAAUAUUAUCAUUAUUUAUUUAACAAGUUUAUGUGUUUUUUAUUUAGUAUGUAUAACAGUUCAAAAACUUUUUUCUGCACAGUUUUAACAAUGGAAAUUGAUAGUAUCAAAGCCAAGAUUUGUUGCUAUGAUACAUGCUCAAAUGAAAGACACAUAUAGGGUUUCAUUAAAAAAUUUACUGAUGUAUCAGCUUAAAAACAUGAAAAUGUCAUUAGGGAAUUGGCAUCCCAUUCAGAAAACAAUACUGUAUUUAUAUAAUUAUUAAAACACUUCACUCAAAACAAAAGGUUGGUUAUACUUAGAAAAAUUUUAAUUUUCGAUGUAUUUUUAAAUGAUGUUUUUCCAAGAAAAGGAAUAUGCAUAGCCAUCGUUCUUUUGCUCUAUAUAUUUUUUCACUUGGUUGAACAUGGUAACCAGUUUAAACAUGAGUUGUAUAUAUUACUUAUAACAGUGUCACAGGCUCUUACGUUUUCAGGAUAGUUUAUAUUAGUUCUUUAGGAAAGAGUAUAUAGUUGGAAGUGAGAAUUUCUCUGUAGAUUGUCCAUUUAUAUUACUUAUAUAUCCACACGCACACACAAAUCUGUUUGUAAGGAUACAGGAUUACUGUAGCUAAUUGCUCCUAAUUUUCUAUUUAGAAAAGACAUACAAAGAAAAGAUUUUUCGUGUUAUACAAACACUGCAACAAAGGCACUCUUAAUGUAAGAUACUCAGAAUGAACAAAUAGUGAUGAGUAAAACAUGGAGAAAUGUAUCAAUGUUAAAAGAGGGAUUUGGUGUACUUUGUAGAUUUUAUUACUGUGCAUAUAGUCUCAAUGCAUGUAUGUGUGUGUAUGAUUCGUUAUUUGGUUUGUAGUUAGGACAAUUGUUCAAACAACUUUUAAUUUUUAAAUAAAUUAUCCUUUUAAUAAUUAACUUACCAAUGAGUUGCUUGCAUCAAGUAAUCACAGAAUUGAUUCGCUAAUAAUAAAAACUUCCUCAUGAGUCACAAGACACCAGAGCUUGGAAGAAUUCUUACAAUGUACCAUUAUAAUUUUUGUAUGUUUCAAAUUGGAAUAUCAUCUUCAUGAAAUAUUACAAUUACUUAUUUAGAGAGUUUUCUUACAUUUAAAUAGGACAGAAAAUUUUUUUUAUUUUUUGUUUUAUAGUAAUAAUUGAUUUUUAAAUCACAAUUGUCAUUAUUUUUAUAUCAACUUUAUGUUACAAUUAGCACUACGUUUAAGGUCAUAAAAAAAAUCAUCCAGUUUUUCAGUUUGAAGCCUUUUUAAAGGUUUAUGUUUACACUAGGUAGCAGAACAAGCUUCACUUGAAUGUGCAUAAAAACUGCCACCCACAAGUUCCAAAUCCUAUAAUGUUUCAAUGAUCAAACUGUUAAAUAAAAAACAGGGUUAAUAAGACUAGUGUUUUUCAAAAAAAUAUUAAGGUCUUAGCUGAAGCUUUCUUUAUUAGAUUUUUUUUGUGUGUAUGAAUGAUUUGAAGGUUUCAAAGAAUUAUUGAAAACCCAUUAAACAGAAUGCUUAUUGCUAAAAA